AUGCUCACGGCGAUUCGCACGGACGACCGCGAGAAAAUGGUCGUCCUGAGCUACGCCUCGCCGAGCGGCGAUCGGCCGAGACGUGCGCGCGAUGACGCCGAAGACACGGGACGUGCGCUUCGAAUCAAAUUUACAAACGCCGGCCUGAUGGACAAAGAGAACGUUGAUCCCGCGACGGCGAUGACGGCGAGGAAACCGUUCGCGACGCCCGUGCGAGAGAAAUGCACACCCAGUAGACCGCCGCUCGCGGAUAUCACUCCUAAAUACGUCACGCCGAAUAAACUCACUCCGGGGAGAUACACCCUAGCGGGAAAAUCGGCGAUGAAGAAGAGCCGCGUGGGCGCUCAGAUAUUGUUUGAUCACAUCGAGGGUGUAGGUGAAUGUGCGCGCGGGGCCGAGAACGCGGGGAUUCAGGCGAAGCGGCGUGCGUCCGUCAAGAGCAUGCGCUGA